CUUUUCAUGCAUAACUUCAAACCCCUUUAAACCAUAUUUUCAAAAAACCUAAAUUCUAGUAACAAAAAUGGUGCGAGAUUUCAAUUAUCGAACUGAACUGAGAAGCCGACGAGUGGGCCCUAAAAAGUGGAUGAUAUCCAUUCCAAUAGUACUGUCAGAACGAUUUAAAGCACAAAAUUAUUUAAUGGAUACUCAAGACACCAGAACAGAUGAUGUUUACAAAGUAAAGGAGUCUGCUCUUAACUACGUCGCAACAGAAAGAAUAAAAAACUUAGCACAACCGAAACUCCGUGACAAUACGAUAAAGGAAUCUGACAGCAUAGUAUCAACUACGUCACGUGUGAAAAUUAGUGCUUUAAGUUAUAUGCCAACUAAGAGAAUUAUCCAGUUAGCAAGACCCAAAGAUCCUGUUCACGAAUGUACUUUUUUACAAUAGAUAAAUAUUUAAACGACAUAUUUUAUAUAAAAUCCUCAUCUACGUUGCUUUUUUUGAGAUUAUUUUUACUGUUUGACUUUUCUCAGUUUUGUAACACUUCAAGGUUAUAUCGAAUUGUAAGUAGCAACAUUAAAUGUGAAAAAAUUGAUUUUAAAAAUGUAUUAUACAUAAUAAAAAAUGGUAAAAUUGUUAUAAAAUGGGAAAAUAGUUAUUAGGAUGUGCAAUAGUUAUUAAGAUGUGCAAUAG